AGGGGGAAGAAAUGUGGCGUGACAGCUCCAUAUGGAAGCGCUGAAUUCUACAACAAAAAUGGGGGUGGGGGGGGGGAGAAGACGCAGUCGAAGUGGAUGCAUGUAAAGAAGACCGCUCACAAAACAAGAGGGACCUGUGAUUGGCUGCCAGUUGGCCAUGAUCAAGUGCUCACAGAACCCAGGGGAACGUACAUAAAAGGCUGUUUUGUGGGAGCGGUCAGCACAUCCUCACUUGAGCCUACACUUAUUCUUUCAUCUCCACCAAUACCAGCUCAUGAGAACCAUGAUUACACUGAAAUUCGGGACUCUUUUUCUUGCCUGUGUGCUGAUCUUCUGUCAAAUGUACAUCUUACAGGCAGCACCAUCUAGAAGUCGGGAAGACCUCAUUACAGAUGGAGUCACUCUAUCCAACGAUGAUGUGCAGAAGUUACUUAGAGCUAUUAGAGAAUUUAUGCAGCUUGCUUUAGAUGAUGAUCACCAAACAGCUGAUGGAAACAGCCCAGAUAGAUCCGUGUCCAGCCCAGAUAGAUCCGUGUCAAAGCGCUGCACCGGUUUAAGCACGUGUGUGUUGGGCAAGCUGUCCCAGGACAUUCACAAACUCCAAACAUACCCUCGCACAGAUGUGGGGGCAGGGACACCCGGAAAGAAGAGAAGUCUAGCUGAGCAAUAUGAACCUUACGGAAGCACGUAUAAUUGAUAUAUUCAAAUGUGGUCUCUCUUCCUUGGUCAUCUUACUGCUUGUUCAUUCGUCUUUAUGUAUGUGCCCUUGGGACUGCUAAUGCAUGCAAUUUUAAAUGACUCACGCCAGAGGAAUGUCCUACAUUUCAUUUCCAUAAGUCUUCUGACAGAGAGCUCUAUAACUACAGUAUGCAGUAUUACCUUAUGGAAUGAAUAUUGUUAUCAAUGGUAUCAUUCGUUUUCUUGCAUGU